UGGGGGCCGGACGGCGGCCAGGCCGGGCGGACAGCGGGAUGGGCUGCACCGUGAGCGCCGAGGACAAGGCGGCGGCCGAGCGCUCCAAGAUGAUCGACAAGAAUCUGCGGGAAGACGGCGAGAAGGCGGCGCGGGAGGUGAAGUUGCUGCUGCUGGGUGCUGGGGAGUCAGGGAAGAGCACCAUUGUCAAGCAGAUGAAGAUCAUCCAUGAGGAUGGCUACUCAGAGGAGGAAUGCCGGCAGUACCGGGCAGUGGUCUACAGCAACACCAUUCAGUCUAUCAUGGCCAUCGUCAAGGCCAUGAACAACCUGCAGAUUAACUUUUCUGACUCCUCCCGAGAGGACGAUGCCAGGCAGCUGUUUGCACUGUCUUGCACGGCUGAGGAGCAGGGCGUGCUUCCAGAGGACCUGUCCAGCGUCAUCCGGAGGCUCUGGGCUGACCAUGGUGUACAGGCCUGCUUUGGCCGCUCAAGGGAGUACCAGCUCAAUGAUUCAGCUGCCUACUACCUGAACGACCUGGAGCGCAUCGCACAGAGUGACUAUAUCCCCACGCAGCAGGACGUGCUGCGGACCCGUGUGAAGACCACGGGCAUCGUGGAGACACACUUCACCUUCAAGGACCUGCACUUCAAGAUGUUUGAUGUGGGUGGUCAGCGGUCUGAGCGGAAAAAGUGGAUCCACUGCUUUGAGGGCGUCACAGCGAUCAUCUUCUGUGUAGCCUUGAGCGCCUAUGACCUGGUGCUGGCUGAGGAUGAGGAGAUGAACCGCAUGCAUGAAAGCAUGAAGCUGUUUGACAGCAUCUGCAACAACAAGUGGUUCACGGACACGUCCAUCAUCCUCUUCCUCAACAAGAAGGACCUGUUCGAGGAGAAGAUCACACACAGCCCCCUGACCAUCUGCUUCCCUGAAUACACAGGGGCCAACAAGUACGACGAGGCAGCCAGCUAUAUCCAGAGCAAGUUUGAGGACCUGAACAAGCGCAAGGACACCAAGGAGAUCUACACACACUUCACGUGUGCCACCGACACCAAGAACGUGCAGUUUGUGUUUGAUGCCGUCACCGACGUCAUCAUCAAGAACAACCUGAAGGACUGCGGCCUCUUCUGAGGGGCAGCGGGGCCUGGCAGGAUGAUCUAUCUGAGGGUCCUGGGUUGAGGCUGGCCCCACUGGCCCUGGCGGAGAUGGGAGUGAUUCUGCCAGUGUUUGACCCGCCUCCCCCACGUAACCCAGCAACAGAAACUGGCUCCUGGGCGGUGACUGUGUCCCUGGUAACGGGUGGUGGGGAAAAGGAGAGGGUCAUUGUCUAGGCAGGCUAGCAAGGUGGGAGGAGUGGCCCACCGCACUGGCUAUCCCCCACCCAUGCCCUGACUGUCCCCCCACCUCCAGGGCCACCGCCGACUCUGCUCCCCCUAACCCCUGAGGAAGAUGGGGGCAAGAGGACCACGCUCCCUACCUGUGCCCCCUGGCCGCUUCUCCCUUCUUUUCUCUUUCUGUUCUUGGCUCUCCCUGCCCCCUCCCUCAGCUCCAAAGACUUGGGGGAGGAGUUGCCACAGGCCUCCCUAAUUGAAGCCGGCCUUGCCUGAGGUGCCGGGAAUGGCCACGGUACCCCUUUCCUGGGCAUUUGUUCUGGUUUUUAACCAUUGUCUUAUUCUGUGAUGGGGGGCGGUGGGAGCAUACACUUGAGUCUCCCAAGGCCUGUGGCUGGAGGGGUACCCACUUCUCCAGCCUGGGACCCCUGGCUUUGUCCAACACCAGCCCCUGACCCAGCCCAAGUCCAAAUGUUUACAGGGAGCCUCCUGUCCACCCCACCCCACCCCCCAACCGCUUGGAGGCCCCAAAGGAAAAAAGCACAAGAAUCGUGAGACGCCACCAUUCCCGGAGACCACAGUCCACCUGCUCAUUCUCGUAGCUUUUUUAAAAAAUGAAAGUAAAGGGGGGGGAAAAAAAAAACCUAAAAAAUUUUUAGAGAAAAACUAUUUAAAACUGUCAGGUCCUGACCAGCGCCUGCCCGCUCCCCCUCCUCCAGUGAUUCCGUGCCUUGAGUGUGCCUUGAGUGUGUCUGUGUGUUUACACCCAUCCUUCUGCUGGCUGUCCCCCUGUGGGGCAGCACCCCUGCCUUGCCCUCCACAGAAUUGGGUUCCAAGGGCUGUUCCAGACAACUGCCAACAUCACUGAGGGCCCCGCCCAGUGGCCCUGGGCCCUGGCUCCAUUAACCUAAAUGUAGCUCCUUAGCGCUAACCUAGGAACCGCCGCUGCCUGCUGAGGGGCCAGGCCCCUCAUGCCCUCACCCCAGGCCCGGGUCCUUCAGCGUUGAACACUUCCUUGCUUUUUUCACAUGUUUUAUGGAAUUGUUCACCUGGUUUGAAAUAAUAAAAUGUAGAAAGAAAAAAAGAUACCAAGAA